AUGGGCGGAUGGGAAAUAUACUGUGCGAUAUGUGGUGGUCAAUUCUUCAGCGGAGUGGAUAUGGACCCUGAAGGGAUGGACGAGGACUAUUAUCGCUACGAAGUCUUGCGGGACUGCAACCUGGAAUGGCUAGACAAAGUCUGUGCUCUGGGUAUUAAUCCUGACGCGCGUGGAAACGAUAAGUCAUUUCUCACGGGUGUCGGUCGUUAUUGGGAUUGUGGACAAAUUCAGGUUACUGCGGGAGAUGAUCCUAACGUCCCCUUCUAUAAUCAUGGUGAUCAUAUUCCUAUGACUGCUUAUCAUGACUAUUCCGAAAUUGGGUCGCGUCAUGUAUUUCCUUUCCAUCCAAUUUGCUACCAGGACAUUCUCCAGAGAUGUAUCCGUCAAGAGAACCCUGAGCAGAUCCAGAAGGAUGUGUUAUUUGAUGUCUUGGAAGAUUUGAAUGGGGGUAAAUACGUCAGGUUGCAGCUCAGCUAUGGCGAACCAGACCCCCCUGCCGAACAGGUCUGGCACGGUACUAAAGGUCAUGAAACUUUGGUAGUCAAUCCGGUUAGGAUUGCCGAGCUAGACGCCGACCUUGGUCUUAGCAUGAAAUCUGUCGACAAGAAGGCAGCACAUUAUCAGAAUUCCCGAGGUCAGGACAUCUUCGAUGGGCUCCCAGCUGAGUUGCGACAAGAAAUUUUCAAUCUUCUUCCAGCUGGUUCAAUCCUUGCUCUCAAGGCCGCUUCAUUGGUGAUGCAUACUACCACCUUACCGGGCGAAUUUUGGAAGAACCGGUUAAGAAGUGAAAUGCCGUGGCUGUGGGAGAUUCAUGAUAUCGAUGUUUUUCAAUCUCAAGAGGGAGAGGACAACACUUCGAGGCUACUUCUGGACAUUCAGAAGAAGAGUCAAUACACAUCUAAGAACGAUGAUUAUAUUUUUGGACUUGCCAACCGCAGGCGAAUUUGGGGCGUCUGCGAGCAGAUUCGCAGCCGAUACUUGGAAAAAAGGAAGAGUAUUUCCAAUACAGACAGCUAG